UAACUCUCUUCCCUCCCACCCGAACCAAAACCCCACCUCGCCGCCGUCUGCCGCAACGAAGCAAUCGUCGUCGACACUCCGAACGCCGGCGAAAUUUGAGAUCAGAAUGAGUUCCAAAGAGAGCUACCGAGUGGAGCUUCGAUCCGCCGCCCGCCAUCUCAGUGAUCGCGGCCUCUACUGUGCCGCCAAAUGGGCUUUGGAACUCCUCGUAGAUCUGGACGUUCUCCCUUCGGCAUCCUCGUCAGCUGUCUCCGCCCGUGCCAGUGCUGGCCCCUCUACCUCCGCAGCCAGCGGCUUCCGCUCCUUCUCCCACCUGCACCCUGAUGCCUCCUGUCGCCGCUGCGUCCGCUCUGACUCUUCAGCUCCCGCGUCAGCCGAGGCCGCUGUCACGCCCCAAGCCGGCGUAUCUUAUGUCAGCACGCCUCUACCUGCCGAUGAUGGGUUCGACGGCGGGAGCAAUGAUCGCUACCUCCUGGCCAAGUCAUACUUUGACUGCCGCGAGUACCGGCGGGCCGUCUACGUUCUCGAAAAUCAAACUGGGAAGAAGGCCGUUUUCUUCCGCUGCUAUUCCCUCUACUUGGCAGGAGAAAAGCGCAAGGAGGAAGAGAUGUUUGAACUUGAGGGAUCUUUGGGCAAGAGUGAUGCUGUAAACAGAGAGUUGAUUUCUUUAGAGAGAGAACUAUCUUCGUUAAGGAGAGCUGGCAGCAUUGAUUCAUUUGGUUUAUAUUUGUAUGGCAUCAUCCUCAAAGAUAAAGGCUGUGAGAAUGCUGCUAUGAAAGUGCUUGUGGAGUCUGUUAACUGCUUUCCAUGGAAUUGGAGUGCUUGGUUGGAACUUCAAGCCCUUUGCACUACUGCUGACACUUUGAACAAUCUGAAUCUAAAAAACCACUGGAUGAAGGACUUUUUUCUUGCUAGUGCAUAUCAGGAACUGAAGAUGCAUGAAGAAGCUUUGAAAAGAUAUGAACGCUUGUUGGGGGUUUUCCAGUCUAGCAACUAUAUUCAGUCUCAAAUUGCAACAGUUCUGUAUUGCUUGAGGGAGCUUGAUGAUGCUGAACUAAUCUUUGAAGAUCUUCUCUGCAAAGAUCCUCACCGUGUGGAAUCAAUGGAUGUCUAUUCGAAUUUACUCUACGCAAAAGAAUCUUUUUCUCCUCUGAGUUUCCUUGCCCACAGGGUGUCUUUAACAGACAAAUAUAGGCCAGAGUCUUGCUGCAUCAUAGCAAAUUAUUACAGUUUGAAGGGACAACAUGAGAAAUCAGUUUUAUACUUCAGAAGGGCGGUCAAACUUAACAGAAAAUUCCUUUCAGCUUGGACUCUAAUGGGCCAUGAAUAUGUUGAGAUGAAAAACACACCAGCUGCAACCGAUGCCUACCGCAGGGCCAUUGAAAUAAAUCCUAGAGACUACCGCGCGUGGUAUGGUUUGGGGCAAACCUAUGAGGUGAUGAGCAUGCCUUUCUACGCCCUUUACUAUUUUCGGAAAUCGUCAUACUUGCAGCCUAACGACUCUAGGCCUUGGAUCGCAAUGGCUCAUUUGUAUGAAAGUGCACCACUUCAGAUGCUCAAUGAGGCCAUCAAAUGCUUCAAAAGAGCUGCAAACUGUAAUGACAGUGAAGGGAUAGCCCUGCUUCAGCUUGCCAAGCUGCAUGAUGCUCUUGGGCAUUCUGAACGGGCUGCAUUUUUCUACAAGAAAGAUCUCGAUAGGAUGGAAGCUGAAGAGAGGCAAGGGCCUAAUAUGGUUGAAGCAAUGUUUUACCUCGCCAAGUAUUACCAAACUAAGAAGAGAUUCCAAGAAGCAGAGUACUAUUGCAGGAGGCUCUUGGAUUAUACUGGUCCGGAGAGCGAGACGGCAAGAAGUCUUCUAAGAGGAUUGGAAAUAUCUCCAGACAUGGAACAUUUUGGUCCAUGACUCCAAGUUUGUUGCUCCAGCAAUAUUUAGAGAUAUCUCAAUUAGUGGUCAUCUGGUAAUAUUCGAAGUAAGUUCUUUUUAGCUGCACUUAUUAGUGAAAUCUUUUCAGAAUCUCCUUGCUACCAUGUUUGAAACUUUUAGGCUGCAUUUAGAUUUUUUAAAAAAAUAUAUAUUUCUAUUCAGUUUAUAAAAAAUAAUUUUUAAAAAGUG